UUCAUUCUAAACACAUAACAACAUACACACCCACACAGUUACUCUCACACACUCUUGCAUUGAAAUUAGCUGAUGUGAGGUCCCUGACAAAGAUACAGAGAAAAACCUAUGAUUUAAGAACGAAAAACUGUCAAAGUUUAGAGAAGAGGUUUGCGUGGACUACUGGAGCUCUGUAUUGCGUUUUUUCUCUGAGAAAAACGACAACAUGCAAGCCUUCCUCCUCCUCUUCCUCAGCGAGAUGCUUCUGCUGAGACUGACUUUCACAACCACACUCAGAGGGCGAAGACAAAACAUGAAAGUGCGUAUCAGUGCUAUUGGAGACACUAUUAUAUUCAAGUUUUUGCAGCCUCAUGUUGACAACAGAUUGGAGGGAUACAUACUGGGCUAUGGCAGCAGCAUGUUUUCCAAACAGUUUAUCCAGCUACCCGAGGAUGGACAACCCUAUGAAACAGAGUUAGAUGCUGAGCCCAAAUAUCUGCUCGCAUUGCAGUCAGUGAAAGUUGAUGAACCUAAGAAGCAGUGCACAGGGAAAGUGAAUCUAGAGAAGCCAUUACACCUUGUGAUUGGCUCAGUAUCACCGUCCUCCGUGCUGCUGUCCUGGGGGACACUACUGACAACCCCCUUUAUGGAUUCUAUUCUGGAUGAUUGUAUUGAUGAGGGACAGUUCACAGUGCGCUAUAGAAAAAAGGAACCCAGUGAUACCUGGAAUUACCAGACCUGUCCAACCAGCAGCACCGUCAUCGACAACCUCAAACCAGAUACUCUGUAUGAGUUUGAGGUCAGAGCAGACACCAACACCACCAGUGGAGUCUGGAGCCCACCAGUCGUCCAUAACACAGCUGAUCAAAUAAUUCAUGAGCCAUUCAAGGAACUGAAUCAAGCAAAGCCUGAGAAGCCAGUCAUAGCAAGUCGACCAUCAUUCUUGCCCCCAGUGCCAGUCUUGAACAACAUUACCCAAACCAGAGCUGCCCCCCUCCUCAGACAAACUGGCCUUCAAGAACCACAGAAAACUUCAGGAGCAGGGCAUCCCAUGGCAUCUACUAUCUCUCCUGAUGAUCCGCCGACCUCUACCCAGGCCUUUACUCCCACUUACACACUUAUCAUCCUGCCCACACCAAAGACCUCAAGCACAGUUGAACAACCCAACAGUCAGCCUAGUACAACCAAACCAGAUCAUCUCACAGAGCAGCAACAUAUUAACCUAACCCCACAACAACCUACAACAACCCAUCAACCCAUCUUGACCCUACAACUAACCAGCACUUCAACACAUAGCACAACCCAACCAACAAUUAGUACAACCCAAGAAUGUACCACCAAAAUACAGAUCCCUACCAAAGAACAACCACAUACUACCAAGCAGCAAACGAUCACGGCCCAGCAACAGUUUAGUGAAACAGCAUCAAACCCCACACCAACACAAAAUCCACCUGCAACUAAACCACCACUUCACCAAAUCCAACCCCAACAACACACCACAAACAAAGUCCUACCUAGCACUGUCCAGAACAAUCCCAACACCUCUAAGGAACAACACACCAUAAGUCAAGACAGCCACCAUACAGGAAAAAUCCAGCCCAGCACCCUUCGUUCACAAGGCAUAGAUAUCUUCCACAACUCUUCUUCUUUUUCCCACCCCUUGGCACGCAAUGUGACACAAAGUCUGAGGCCUCAUGCUCGUGUCCCUCCAAAUCUCCCUACAAAGGCUGUCAAGCCGCCCCUUGUGUAUCGAAACUCCACCCUCAACAGGAAAAGGGUGCCCAGUGGUGAGCAUCAUAUAGGUCUUUUGGGGCCCAAAACUCCGAAGGGACCCAGAAAGCAUCUGGUGAAGACGAAGCUGAAUCAGGCCUCAGAGACUAAAGAAAAAGAAAAGGUUAUUGAUCUGAAGCAGGUGGACCCAGUGCCACUUCUGAAACCUCUAGCUCCUCCCACUUCUGAACAAACAGCCAGUCGAGAGUCUACACCAACAACACCACCACAAUCUGCUUUUGAUGGGAGUCAUUUUGAGACUGGUGAUAACUCCUCUAUGUUCAGCCAUCAUCCCGCAUCUGAGUUGGAUGCAAUGGGCAAGAAACGUUUCGUAGCACCUCAUGUGAUCUAUAAAACCGACAAACGUCCGGAAGAGCCCUGCUCCGUUACUCACUCGCUCAGCUUCUUUCCUGAUGAGGAGGUGGGAUACUUGAAUGUCACUGGCCCACCCAAGACCCCUCCCACCAACCUUACUGUGGUUACAGUGGAGGGAUGUCCCUCUUUCGUCAUCCUUGAUUGGGAAAAAUCAGACAACGAGACAACAGAAUAUGAGGUUGUUUCCUCCACCAAAGGUCCACAUGGAGAGGAGGUGUUCAUCCUGACAACAAAUCAAACACAUACAGCUGUGGAGAACCUGAAACCGGAAAGCAGUUAUGAAUUCAAAGUGACACCCAAGAACGAGCUUGGUUCAGGGCCAGCCAGUGAUCUAGUCAGUUUCAGUACAGAGUCGGCGGAUCCUCGUGUGAGUGAGAUCCCCACAGGUAAAACUGCCAUCUGGUCAUCAUUUCCGUUCAAGGCAGACUCGUAUUCCGAGUGCAAUGGGAGGCAGUUCAUAAAGCGAACCUGGUACCGCAAAUUUGUGGGUAUCCAGUUAUGCAACUCUCUUAGAUACAAGAUCUACCUGAGUGACUCUCUCACUGGGAAGUUCUACAAUAUAGGAGAUCAGACAGGCUAUGGGGAGGACCACUGUCAAUUUGUUGACUCGUACCUGGACGGACGAACCGGGGGUUCUCUUCCACCAGAACAGUUACCACCCAAACAAGGCUAUUUCCGGGCUAUGCGUCAAGAACCUGUCACGUUUGGGGAGAUUGGAGGAAAUUCCCUGAUCAACUAUGUAGCCUGGUAUGAGUGUGGGAUCCCCAUUCCUGGGAAGUGGUAGGACCCUGAGGCUCAGACGGAAUACACGACUGAUAUGAAACAUCAGGUCACAAGAGAAGCGGUGUCACGCAAGAUUCUAUCCCCUCGCAGAAUUCUAUCCUUUUUGGACCCCAAGAUGUAGCUGUGUAGUGCCUGUUCAAAAUUGUAUAGAGAUUGUUAUGUUUGUUGUAAAUAAUCAAAAUAGCCUUUCUGUUUCUCUUUUUUGUAGCAGUGGAAGCUACAAAUAAGAAAUAGUAGGUGUUACGAUCCCUCAUCUAGGGGGUGAGUGAGUAACAAUGUAGAAAGAAAUUCCAGCCAAACCGCCAGCCCAAGAAAUGCAACAAACGAAAGAUAAGGUAAAUUGUUAUUUAUUAUUAGACAAGUAAUAUUUUAAAGUUAAGAGCAGCAAUAGUUCUUUUAACUUCAGGGUAACCAAAGGUCCAAAACAACAAACAAAAACCCACUUAGAAAAGUAGAUAAAAUACAUAACCUAACAAAUGAAAAGAAAAUACCUGUACACACCAAUUAACCUAACUACACUGACAAUAAACAAAGUCAAAAUAAUAUUCAAAAGAAAGGACAGGUUACCCCUACAGGUUGCUGCAUUAAACUAAUAGUGUAAAACAAGUUAACAUUAGAAAAUAACACAACUAUAUCGCUGUGGCUUUCAUUAAUCUGCCUGUUGGUCUAGGAGCAUGGAGAUAUGUGACCAGCCUGAAGUCACACACCCCCUUGCAGAGAGCAGCUCUCCUGUCAAUUGGUCAAUUAUAAGUCAAUUAGUCCUCCAACCACAAUCACUGAGAGGUGGAGCUAUUCAAUCCCUCAAUCACUGAAUCAAUCACUGAAUGCACACAGGAAAAAGAGAAACACAUUAGAAAGAUAACAAAACAUAACAUGGAUCGUAACAGUAGGUCUACAAAUAUAUACAAACUAAAAGGGAUAGUUCACCCAAAAAUGAAAAUUCUCUCAUUGUUUACUCAUCCUCCUGAUAUCCCAGGUGUGUAUGACUUUCUUUCUUCACCAGAACAUAUUUGAAGAAAAAUAGAAAAAUAUUUGAGCUCAGUAGGUCCUUAAAAUGCAAGUGAAUGGAGAUUUCUCUUUUGAUGCUCCAAAAAUCACAGACAGUCAGCAUAAACUUCAUCGAUACGACUCCAGUGGUUAAAUUAAUGUCUUCUUACGAUCACUUUUGAUGUGAAAAAGAUCAAUAUUUAUUUUUGGGUGAACUAUCCCUUUAAAGGUGCCAAUACACUUCUAACGAAAACGAAGAAAAAACAGGUUUAUGUCAUUUCAAACAAAAUCUGGCCAAAAAGUAGUUGUUCUUGAGUUUGUUGCAGUGGUUUGAAACAGCUUGCCAACGCAAACUUUCAGGAAACCAUUGUCCACAUCAUCGGUGGGUGUUCCCCUUAGUUUGAUGGCAACAUUUUUCUUGUUAAUUUCUCCACUCAGUCCACAUCAGUUAAAAUCAGUACACUGGAGUGCAGAGUUGCCUAGUGGUGCUAUCUGUAUGAUUGUUUGCGUGUCUAUAAAGUCUAUAAAAUACAGUAUUUGAUGGUAACCAGUGCAUAUUAUGGCCAUGAAUAGCACAUUAGCGCCAAGAAUGCAGAACGUAAACAUGACAAAUUACACAUUAUCUACUGCCUAUACUAUAUAUUACUUUAAAUCAUCCCCCGAUGAUUCAGAAUUCAGAAAACAUUUUAAUGUCAUAUUGGUUAAUGUUAUACAUGUAGUCUCUUAACAAGACAACACACGUAUCAUAUUUAAAUGCUCCACUAAAUGCCAGCCCAAGUUGUGGAUGGUUCUCAAAUAAUACACCAUUGCUCAGCUGUUCUGAACAUUUUUUCUAAGCUUUGAGCAAAGAAGAACUUUGCUGUAAGUGUAUCAGAGCUUUAAACUUACAAACUGACCAAAUACCUUGUUUAAGGUGUAUGCUAGGCCAGAAGGCUAAUCAAUUUGUGAGAUGCUAAGCAAGCAGACUAAUCAGCUAGUGCUACACUGAGCUACAGUAGUAGGUAUAUCGGCUAAUGGCAUUAUAAGCUAGUAGGGCCAACCAUUAACCAUAUUCGGUUAUAUAGUAUGAUAUGUGACAUCUUAUUUAGAAGACAUUCAUUAUCAUAUUACAAUUUUGUUGGAUUUAUAAUCAGGCACCAUUAGAAGUUCUUUCAGUCAAUAGAAUCGCAUUUGGUUCAAGGGGGAUAGGAUUUUGGGGAGAUAGAAUCUUGCACAACACCUGACUUGUUACAUUAUCAUGUAUAUAGAAUGAUUUUGUAGACUGAAUAUGCAUCUAUGAUUAAGUAGACAUCUAUGUUUUCGGUUAUCAGGCACAUAUAAAAUGAUUUAUAUGCUCAAGCAGUGCAUUAAACAAAGAAAACAGAAUAAAUAAUAUUACUAUUAAGUGCAAGAAGUUUGGUUUUUGAGAAUAUAGGGAAGCAGGCUCCCUCAGCUAAAGAAAUGUAUAUAUUAUUUAUCAAAAUGUUGGAAAUGAAACAAUGAAACCAAUAAAAAGGUAAUAGUUAACAGUGUUUGCUUUCUGCAACAAACAUUAAACACCUGCCCAACUGAAAGGAUGUUCUGUGUUCAGUAAGUUAAACUCUGUGACAUACCCUUGAUCACAACAGACAAUACUUUUGACUCGUUCCUCAGCUUGUACAAUCAGGUGUACAGUAAUGCACCUACAAUGGAGGUUUAAAAGCUAAAAUGUGCAUCUGAUAUUUUUUUUAUUUUUUUUUAUUAAAGCUGUUAUAUAAAUUUCUCAAAAAAAUUUUUUUGAGCAAUAAAUUAGAUCGUUAGUUAAAUCGUUCUUUUAGUUGUGGGCCUGUGAAAACUGUUCUAAACAAAUUAACUUCUGUUUUCCAUUACUGAUGUAAUUCCUGUUAAUAGCCUCUUGCGGAUAUCCUUCUGCAUAGCACGCUAUGUUUGCCAGCUGAAAGGUUUUGAAAGAUUGGAAAUAACUUGCACGGGAAAAAGUAGCAAUUGAUUCUACCAAUGUCUCAUGUUAACACAAUGUUCCAGUCGUGUGGCUAUACUUUUGAAACAAUGAAUUGUAACAUUUAUUCUGGUGCGAUGACCCUAGACUUCCAUUGUAAGUGCAUUAUUCUACAAAAAAGUUUUGCUUGUUUUCAAACUGAGCAAUGGGUCAGAUGCUACAGAUGCUGUUGAUGGAGCUUAAAACGAAUUGAACCCAGAUCAUUUCUUUGAGCUGAGUGACAAUGCAAGCUUAACAGCUCAAACACAAUAUUAUUAAGGCGAAUUUUAAGACUAGGUAAUGUACUGUACAUUUCUCAAGAUAUGCAGCUCAAAGUCUUAACAUUUUCAUGGUGUAAGUAUACCUUGUAUCAAUGUCAGGAAUGAAACAUCACAAGGAUCUCUAUUAAUUGUUUUGUACAGAAGUUCAAUGACUCAUGAUUUCCAAGGAAGGCUUAAAAACACCAAAUAAACUUUACAUAAAAAAAUUUGUGGUUUGAAGUGAAUCUGCUCUACCAAUAAAAGCACAAACAGCCUAUCAGUUAUG